AUGGUUAAGAUACGUAAAGCCAAAGAAGAGGAGCCAACUGCUCCGGGGCAAGUGAAAAUUCGAAAGAAAUCCAAGGUGCCUGGUGUUAUGAUCACUCAGUAUGUGGAAGAACUCCCAGAAGGCAUGACUACCCCAGACUUCACCCGGAAACCGAUUGCUCUCACUAUUCAAGAAGGGAAACUUGCCAUCUUCAGAGCAAUAAUCACUGGAAACCCACAACCAACGGUGACCUGGUUGAGAAACGAUGGAGAAAUAGAUGAAAGGUUCAAGAUGGUCCACGAACCAGCUUCAGGGGAAUAUCAGCUACAAAUGCCCGACGUAUCUGUGGACCAAGCCGACACCUACAAGUGUUGUGCAAGAAAUGAAUAUGGAAAAGCUCUAGUGACAGCUGCGCUCAAUGUCAUUGAAGUGGGCUAUAAGAAGAGCAGAGUCAUGCAACAGGUUGACUUUGAGCAAAAAGAGGAGGCAAAGCCAGAAAUAGAUGAGAAAUUUUGGGAGUUGUUGCUGAGCGCAGACAAGAAAGAUUAUGAGCGCAUCUGUGCGCAGUACGGUGUCACGGAUUUCCGUGGGAUGCUGAAGAAGCUAAAUGAGAAGAAGAUGGAGAGGGAGCAAGAACAAGAAAAAGUUGUUGAGAGACUUUGCAACUUGAAGCCCAUUCAAAUGAAAACUGACGGUGCUGCAGAGUUUGAGCUGGAAAUGUCCCUGAAAGACCCAACCAGCAAAAUUUUCUUAUACAAGGAUGGUGUGAUGGUUCCUUUUGAUGCUGAUGCAGAGGUAAAACACGGAUUGAAACAAGUGGGAAAGAAGUUUGUGUUCAGCAUCAAUGGCGUUAAUCCAGAGGAUGCAGGAUUGUACCAGGUGGAAGUUGAUGGAGUUAAAAUCUUUUCAACUGACUUAAAGAUUCCCACCGCAGACUUCCUGGUCAAGAUUCAAGAUGUGAAGGCCGAGGAAAGAGAGGAUGCUGUGUUUGAGUGUGUGAUCUCACAUCCAGUGAAAAAGAUCGACUGGAUGGGAAAAAAUGUCUCACUUGAGCAAGGAGACAAAUAUGACAUCCUUGUAUCAGAAGAUAUGCUGAUUCACACAUUGGUGGUAAAGGACUGUAUGCCUCUGGACAAAGGAAUCUAUGCAGCUGUGGUUGGACUUAAAUCCUGCAGUGCCUGGCUUAUAAUAGAAGUUGACAAGGAUCCAAACACAAAAGGAAAGAAGAAAGCUCGCAAGACAACUCGGGCAGGUGGCGGUGGGGAAGACCUUCUGAGGAUUGCCCAGGAGCAGCAGGCGAAGAUAGAGAAAGAAAGGGAUGAGUUGAUCGCAAAAGUAAAAGCGGAGGCUGAAGAAGCCGCUGCAGCUGCAGCAGCAGCAGCAGCAGCAGCCGCAGCGGAAAAGGAAGCUGCAGAGGCAAAGGCUAAAGCGGACGGAGAGGCAGCAGCCGAAACUGAGCCCAAAGAAAAGCCAAAACCCAAACCAAAAGCCAAGCCAAAAGUAAAGAAAGAGCGUAAAGUAGAAAAGGAAGGGGUUGCAGAUGGGACAGAAGCUGGAGAACAAGCAGAAGUUGAGGAGGAAGAGGAGGAAGAGGGACAAGAGGGGGGAGACGGGGAAGGUGUAGCAGCUACACAGGAGGCAAAAGCAGCAGAGGGGGAAGCCCCUGAUGAAGGUGCUGAUGAUGAAGAGGGUCCUGUUCCAGAGAAAAAAAAGAGAGUGAGGGCAGGCCCACUUGUACCAGAGACUGUCAUAGACCCAGGAGUUUACUUCACUGGAGGACUGUCGGAUGUAGUGGCCGUUAUCGGCACUGAUGCUGAAAUGGUCUGCAAGCUGAGCAGUGAGGACUGUGAAGCAGUCUGGUACAAAGACGGGAAAGAAUUAACAGCCACUGAUGACAUCAGUUUUGUGAAAGAUGGAACUUAUCGCAAACUAAUUAUUAAAAGCUGCAAAGAAGACGACUCGGGAAAGUAUCGAUGUGAAGCAGAUGGACGUAAAACAGAGGCGGUCUUAAAUGUUGAAGAUCCUCCAAGAAUCAACACGGAUGACCUUGCCGAGUUCUCAAAGCCUGUGACAAUCAAAACUGGGAAAGAUGCGGCCUUUAAGCUCUCGUUUGUCGGCCGCGAACCCAUGAAGAUCCAGUGGUACAAUGAAGGCGAGGAGCUUAUGGAGGAAGCUCAUAUCAAGAUCGAAAAGUCUUCGUCUCACAGUCGCCUGCUGCUGACCAAGUGUCCACGCAAAAUCAGUGGAGAAAUCAAGAUUAAGAUUAAAAAUGAAUGUGGAACAACUGAAGCAAUCACACAACUCAUUGUACUAGAUAAGCCCACAACACCUUUGGGCCCUGUGGACGUCAUUGAAGGCUCUUCAAGUUGUAUUGAGUUCAAAUGGAGACCACCCAAAGACAAUGGUGGUUCUCCUAUCACAGACUACAUUAUGGAGCGUCAGCAAAUUGGCCGAAACAGCUGGAAGAAGCUGGGCAAGAUCGGUCCAGAGCCCAAAUACCGGGACACAGAUGUGGACCAUGGCAGGAAGUACUGCUACCACAUCAGGGCUGAGACUGAUCAAGGCAUUAGUGAAAUGAUGGAAACAGAUGACAUCCAGGCAGGAACAAAGGCAUACCCUGGACCUCCAUCUGUGCCAAAAAUUGUAAGUGCUUUCAAAGACUGCAUUAAUCUUGCCUGGUCUCCCCCCACCAAUACCGGAGGAACCAACAUUUUGGGGUACAAUGUAGAGAAACGUAAAAAAGGCAGUAAUCUGUGGAGCCAGGUCAACCCACACGAUGAACCCAUCAGAGAGAAACAGUAUGGCGUGAAGGAUGUCGUUGAGGGCAUUGAGUAUGAGUUUAGAGUAUCAGCUAUCAACAUUUCGGGUGCCGGAGAGGCAAGUACACCCUCUGAAUUUGUGAUUGCAAGAGAUCCAAAGAAGCCUCCAGGUAAAGUCAUUGACCUGAAGGUGACAGACUCUACAUACACCACUUUAUCACUGGGUUGGACCAAACCCACGGAGGAGGAGGGAGUCCAAGAUGAGGCCAAAGGAUACUUUGUGGAUCUCAGACCAGCAGAAAACACAGAAUGGAGUCGCUGUAACUCCAGCGCUAUCAUUAUGACCUCCUUUACUAUCAUGGGUCUGAAGUCAAUGGCCAUGUACUGGGUACGAGUUGUAGCAACUAAUGAAGGUGGAGAUGGUGAACCUCAAGACUUAGACAACUACAUCAUUGCGAUGCCUCCUCCAGUGAGACCUCAGUUUACCGACAAAAAAAUGAAGAACUUCAUUGUAACAAAAGCAGGGAAUUCGGCUCGAAUCAACUUCAACUUUGAGGCCUCUCCAGUACCAAACAUCGCAUGGCUUAAAGACGGCAUGCCUAUACCCAAACAUGUGGCCAUCAGCAACUCGGACACGUCCUCCCAGCUAAUGAUCCCCUCGGCAGAGCGCCAUGACUCUGGCAUCUACACAAUCAUCGUCAAAAACCUUGUUGGCCAAGAAACCUCCAGUGUAGAGAUAAGAGUCACAGACGACCCAAAACCUCCAGGCCCCGUGGAGCUGGAAGAGACCGUACCGGGAACCGUGACCGUCUCCUGGACUGCCUCUCCGGAUGAGAAGAAAGACGACCGGCUGCACUACAGGAUCACCAAACGCGAUUCCGUGAAGCGCACCUGGCAAAUCGUGGCAGACCAUCUCUUCAAUAACAAGUUCACCAUCAUCAAUAUCAUGCCGGGAAGACAGUAUCAGUUCCGGAUCUAUGCCAGGAAUGACAUGGGGCUCUCCCAGCCCUCUGAGUCCCUAACAUGGGAAGUGAAGAGGAAGAAAGAAUCAUUUUCUGUGACCGUUCCCACUCCAAAGGAGUGCAACUUUGAGGUGGCGCCGUCUUUCACCGUUCCCCUGAAAACACGGAACAGUCCCGAGAGCUACGAGUGCUACAUGAGCUGUGCUGUGACGGGAAACCCGCGACCCCACGUCACCUGGUACAGAGACAACGUCAGCCUCAACACCAACACCAACUACUACAUUACCAACACGUGUGGCGUCUGCUCCAUGGUGAUCCUCAAAGUCGGGCCCAAGGACAGUGGAAACUACACGGUGAUUGCGGAAAACCCUCUGGGCAGAGUGGAGUGUUCAACUAAACUCAUCGUUAAAGAUUAG